AUGUCUAAUGAGACGCCAUGGUACUACCCUCCCGGCUGGGACCGCGAACGUAUGCUCGACGCCGACGACAAAGAGAGGGAAACACUGACCCCAGAGCAAUUGGACACCUUCCGUCAAGGUCUGCGCGCCGAGCUGGGUGAGGAGGGCAUGGAAGAAUUCCAGAUGGAAUCCUUCAAACGCUGGAAGCAGCGCGAGAAGCGGAAGCAAGCAGCAGUAGCCGCUGCUGCUGUUGACGCCCCUCUUCCCGUUCGCGACCCUCCACCCUACUUGGAGACCAUGAAUCUCGCAACGCAAAGAAACGGGCGUGAGUGGCCACAGUGGGGGUUCGUGGUGUUUCGUACGACAUCUUACGCAGAUGAGGCACGCUGGCAGACGAUGAGACGGCGGUGGGAUCAGAUGAUUGAUGAGCAAUUUCAAGAAGACGAUUUCGCCAUACCGGGUGUACGGGAAGCAAAGCAAAAGUUACAUUUUCACUGGAUUGAGGACCCCGAGUUAGAAGACGCGUCGCCAGCUACCAUCAUAACCAAAUAUCAAGACAUAAAUUUGUCAUCUGGCAUGGUACAUAAUGUGUGCCUCUGUAUCAAUCAAGCGAGUAUGGAAUCAAUACUGGAUUCUCCUAUGCCAUCUGAGUCAUCUCGCCGACAACGCAAGAAGAUCCCAUACGUCGUAGCCGUCACGCGGAGUGCAAAUCAGCCAGCAGCGUCAGCAGCAGGAGACAAAAAGGAGGAGGAUAAUGAUGCUCAAGUGGAGUACUUUCGUGGCUACUUCAACGUCGCCGUCGAGACCUUGCUCAACGAUCUUUUCGCCGCCACGGCAGACGAUAUGAUGGAUCCAGAUGUGCUGGGAAGUCACGUUAAAGAAAAUGAGAUUUGGUGCAAUGCCUUCCGAUAUGGAAUUCACAGAAUAGAUACAGGCCCCAUUUACCGGGAGAGAGGUGGCUAA